AUGAGCACGAAUGACUCGCAAAAUUCCUUUUUUUCAACCAUCCUCGACAAUUCGGCCCCAACUUUGGUGACCGAUCUACGUGGCCGCAUUAUAUAUCUCAACAGACCAACCUUAUGUUUAAUAGAGAGACAUUAUCAUUCCAAGAAAACGUCAACCUGUAACGUUAAGGAUUUUCCAGAACCGAGUUUUUACAAUGAUGCUCACUAUACCACAAUACUUGAGCCUUUAGAUUCCUACGAAGCUACAUCACUGCGCGAUCAUUUCAUGAACAAUAAUCAGAUAAUAAAAGAAGAAUCGGAAGAAGAUUUCAAUGUUUUGGAGGGUCAUAACGCUGGUGAUCCUGAGAAACAGGGAAAACAUAGUUGUAGUAUAGUUAAAAAAGAAAAUGAAUCGUAUCAAGAAGUCUUAUCACCUGGAAAUCUUGAUUCACUGGAAUCCACAAGCACAAAAUCUCUCGAAGAUCUUCGCUCAAAAUUACACACAUCGAGGAAUCCGGUAGUGGUCGUUGUCGACCCUUGUUCGUCCGUAGAUCCAGUGAAAAAUGUGGUCCUCAUUAGUACCAUCAGAGAUGUGACCGAUUCAAAGUUCGUGGAAUUUGUGCUUAACGAGGCCGACAAUCGAAUCACCAUCACGUAUGAUCUCACCGGAUUAAUACUUGAGGUGUCCAGAUCUUGCAAACACAUAUUGGGAUUCGAUCCAAACGAAUUAUUAGGACUCGACGGUUAUGCUUACAUUCAUCCCGAUGAUGCUACGGAGGUUCGCAUGUACCAUUCGAAGCGUGCCUCGGAACCAUACGGCACAACCCUUCAAAGACAUUGUUUUCGUCAUCAACGAAAAGACGGGACCUACUGUCUAUUAGAAAUUUGGUCGCAAGGUAUUCAAUCAAAUGGUCAAUGGACAUUCGUAGGCUUCGACAUUACAAACACAACUGAAUCCGUUCUGGAAAAUCGUGGGCUGAUACCUGACCAAGCUAUAGUUCGCCGUAAACUGUUGCAUAACGCUGAUAAUGAUACACGAAACAAGGUUGCCAAUAAUUUUGUUUCUUUUAUAUGUCAUGAACUUCGUAACCCUUUAAAUGGUAUAAUCGGUUACAUAACUUUGGUUUUGGAUACGGAAUUGACAAAACAACAACGUGAUUACGCCGAGGCCAUUUCCUCUAUAAGUAACCACAUGUGUAAUAUCAUUAAUCAAUCGCUCGACUUAUGUCAGACUCAAUCCCGUGUGUCAGCUAUAAACAAAGGGACUGAACUGAGAGUGAAGGAUAAUCUUACGUCCUUGCAAAAGAAAAAGGUUCAGGACAAUGGCAACAAUUCUGAAAUCGACGAAUCUAGUGUCGGGUGGUACGGUGACGGAGAUACUAUUAGAAAAAUUUUGUUGAAUUAUUUGACAAAUGCAAUCAAACACACAGGACCUGGCUCGGUGACAGUCAUUCUUGAGGUUGAAGAUGAUAAGUUACCUGAUGGAAAGGAUGGGUUCAUGGCAAAAUGUUCUGUGGAGGACACUGGUCCAGGUAUUCCGCAGAAGAAUCUCAAGCGACUUUUCCUUCCCUACUCGAAAUUGGUUUCUUCAUUCGGUGAAAUCAAUAAAAAUUUUAAUGAAUUUGUCGAUGGUGCAUCUAGCCGUCACCAAAAUCAGUCGCAAAGGAGCUCCGGUCUGGGUUUGAGUAUAUGUAAAGAGCUGGCUAAUAAGAUAGGCGGUAAAGUUGGCGUAGAAAGUGCGUUGGGAAAUGGUAGCAAGUUUUGGUUUACAUUUCCUAUAUACACUAGUAUGCCCGAGGAUUUUGAGGAUGAAAAUGAUUUUGGAAUAGUCGUUGAUACAUCAAACAAUGAAAUCAUUGAUAAAGAAAGGACUCUCAAGGACUUUCUGUGGAAAAAGUCAUAUUCACUCGUCGACGAUGCGUGUAAUACCUAUUGGUCAAGUGAUGAACGAAAAAAAAUAUUGAAAAGGAGAAGAACCCCUACCGCCGAUAGCAUUGCGUCGAUACGUUCCUUAUCUCCAAGCUCAUCAUCAUCGUCACGGCCAAACUCUGAGCUCACAGCUAGUGAUUUUAGCGGUCCCGGAGGUAUACGAAAAAACAAGAAGCCUGCAAAGGUAUUGAUGGUAGAGGACAAUGAGGUCAACCAGCAAAUUGCCAUAAAGUAUUUGGAAAAAAUGGGAGAGGAGGUUACGGUUGCUGCUAAUGGUGCGGAAGCAUUGGAGAAAAUGAAAAAAGAAUCCUUUGAUAUUCUAUUCGUUGACCUCCAGAUGCCGAUUAUGGAUGGAUACGCCUUGACGCGUCGGAUAAGAGAAUCGGAACGGGAAUUUUGUCAUUGUGAUCCACAAUGCUGCUCGUUACCUAGAUUCGCGUCCUCGCAUUCCAUUCCACAAGAUUUGCGCUUAACAUCAUCAUGCGCUCAUACUCUGUGUUCAACUUCUUCAUCGCAUUCUUCGUCUCCCACUGCGUCAGUCACACCAUCAUCCCUUUCAACCUCAACAUUACCAUCGCAAAUAACCGCAUCAUCGUCAUCAUUCCUUUCUUUAUCGAAUGUUUCCCCUGAUAAUUCUCAGCAUAAGCCUGAUGAAACGCCCACCACCCCAACCUCUCAUCAGCAUCAUCACCGUAAGCACCUACCUAUAGUAGCAUGCACGGGAAGUGUCCUGGACAGAGAAAAGGAUAAAUGCCGGCAAUAUGGCAUGGAUGGCUUUUUGACAAAACCAUACCGCCUGGAAGAAAUGAAACUUUGUAUUGAAGAGUUGGUGGACCUUAGCGACGACUCGGGGGUCGAUGAAAGCUGCAAUAGGCACGGUUACGAAAAAACUCAUGAACCAUUAUAUAUAACCCCUAUAUAG